CCUCCCUCCGCCCUCCAGCCAGUAGCGGCCGCCGCCGCUGGCUGUGAAAUGUAACCGGACCCUGGAGCGACAUGAACGGGCCUCAGCUCAGUGAACUCCCGGAUGACUCGGAGCAGCUCGGCCCGGUUGUUGACGACCUGCGGCGGAGAGCCCUGGAGGCCAGCGAGCUGUCCGCUGUUCUGACGUUCUCCGACGGCUUUCUCAUCAAGUUUCUGCGGGCCAGAGACUUCGACGUGGAGCUCUCUCUGAAGCUCUUACUGAACUACCAGCGGUGGCGGAGGGAGAGUCCCGAGAUCAGCACCUGUCUGUCUCCCUCUUCAGUGCUCGGCCUCCUCAACACGUCGUACCAUGCUGUCCUCCCACAGCGGGACCACACGGGCAGCAGUGUGCUCAUCUACAGGAUAGGGCAGUGGAACCCAAAAGACUGGUCGGCUUUCCAGGUGUUCAGGGUCAGCCUGAUGACAUCAGAGAUCAUCUCCACGGAGACAGAGACACAGAGGCGGGGUCUGAAGGCCAUAUUUGACCUGCAGGGGUGGACUAUAGGCCACGCAAUGCAGAUUAACCCUUCCCUCGCCAGAAAGAUAUCCUCUGUACUUUCGGACUCUUUUCCACUGAAAGUUAGAGGGAUCCAUCUGGUCAAUGAGCCGAUGUUCUUCCGGCCAGUCUUCGCGAUGAUUCGUCCCUUCCUUCCAGAUAAGAUCAAACAGAGGAUCCAUAUGCAUGGUGCUGACUUCCACGACUCUUUAAGUGACUUUUUCUCACUGCCUGUCCUGCCUCCAGAAUAUGGAGGAGAGGGGCCUGACAUAGAAAAGGCGUGUCAGGACUGGACCAAUAAGCUGCUUCAAUCAGAGAGGCUCCUGCAGCAGAUUGCCGCCCACCCAACAGGUGACAUCGCCAUUGCUCCUGAUGACUCCUUGAUCUCAGAGGAAGCGGAGACUGAACAACGCUCAGAUGGAUGACUGUUGGAAUUUUGGGUCACACAUACACACGGUUGUUUUCUACUUUGGAUCAACCAAACACACUCUCUGGCGGCCAUUGUGUUGGUUCUUAACUCAGAUGUUGGCUGCAUCAAGAGAGCUAUCUGUGCUGCUUUGAAGCAUUUCAUCACUGGACUUGGUGUCAAACCCAGAUUAGUCUAAGCUAACUUACAGUUAGUCGGAUGCCCCUGCCUUGCAUCGCUCUUGGCUAGUAGAAAGCUAUUGUCAGCUCUAACGUAAUGUUACAUCAUUUAUUGUUGGCUAAAAUCAACACCAUUUGUCAUAAUACAUAGGUCAUCAUUAUAUAUCACAGCUGGGGAAGUUACUUUGCAAGCUAACAAAAUAUCAACUCAUUUUGCUAGCGCUAACGUUAGUGAGCAAGCAAGCUAAGAUUAGCCAACCAGCCAGCUGCUGGAAUUUGUGUUUACAUGUUAGCUAAUUGUAUUCCAGGUUACAUUGAUCAUUGAAAUUGAAGAUUUUUGCACCUGAUAACUUAUGUGCACAUAUUUGCUUUCUUUCCAAGAGUGACAAUAAUGUCAAUAUCAGUGUCCUGUCUGGGCAUUAAGUGCUCAGUUUGAGUCCGGACGUAGUUAGCAUAGCUUAGGACAAAGAGUGGAAAUAGGUGGAAACAGCUAGCGUGGCUCUGAAAGUGAAGCUUACUAAAGCAAAAGUUUACAUGUAACAGGUUUUAUCUUGUUUGUUUAGCCUAUACUCAAAAAGAAAUGUAAAAACGUUCAUUUGUGAAUUCAGCAUAAGUUGCGAGACGCGCUGCAUAGAAGUGCUGGGUGGAUUGUUUAAACUGCUGCGUGUCAAGAAAUAGUUCUAGCAUGUAAUUACCGGUAAAACCACAAAUUGUUUUUACAUUUCUGUUAAUAUACGACUUAAACAAACAAGAUAGACUGCAAAUAAUACAACUUUUAAGGUGUUUUUUUUCUACUUACGAAAAGGCAGGCUAUUUGUUUCCCUCCAUUUUUUACGCUACGCUAGGCUAACCACAUAGUGAUUGCAGUUCCGUAAGCACAGACGUAAGUAUUUCCCACAAUUUUGAACUUUUUUAUUAUAAUUAAUCAUUUUUAAUUCACAUAUUGUUAGUUUGCUAUAUCUACUAGCUGAACAGUUUGUUCAGGUCAGUUGAGGAGUAGAGACUGGAUUUGAAGGCAGUUUACUGUGUCACCUCCACUUGGAAACAAACCUACCUUAUUGCGUCUUUUAGGUAUGUAUGAAUGUCUGUUUUUCAGGGAUAUCUCUAGUGUAGUUGUUCUAUAGUUAGAAAUUGAUAAAACCAGCCAAUUAUCCAGUGGACCUCAGGGAUGGAUUGCCCGGUGGAGAUUUGUGUAUCAGCUGCAGUCUUCAACCAGAGGACUCGAAACAAACAACCAUGUUACUGUGAAAUCCUGAUAACUCAAUCUAAGAGUCACUGUGAGAGUUUGAUGCUUUGUAAAAACACCUGGAAGUCAAACAGUUGCCCCACCAGUGAGUGUUCAUUUCACUGAAGACAUCAAGGCACACUGCAGAUGAGCAGGAAAGCUGCCUUCCUUCCAGCUUAUCACUCCAUACAGGAAUUCAGACCAAUCCACCCAGUUGUCUAUUUGUCCAUGGUUGAUCAUUUGAACUUUGGUCUUCAUUUAAGCAAUUGACAAGUUUUCCUUUUUUGUUUUUUUUUUUAUGUUUUUUACAUGAAACCUAUGUUGGGACCAAUAUUAUACACAUAUCCAAUACACACAGGUAUUUUAAAAAUGUGAAUUUGCUGUACACACUGAGUUUAUAAUUAUUUUUAUUAAUUGUUGUAAAACCUAUAAUAGGUUCACAAUAUGAAUUUGCCCCUUUGUCCCUUUAAAAAAGGAAAAUGAAUGUAUUUCUGUGGUGCCUUAGCACAUAAAAAUGAUAUUGAUUUUAAAGUUACAUAAAGGAUGUUCUCAUGUGGUUAUACCUUAGACCUAUACAAUAUGAUUGAUUAUUUUUCUUAAUUAGAAAUCUACAUCUUAUUAAUGCAAACUUUUUUGUAUUUAUUAGAAGGAUAAUAUUUAUACAAGUAUUCAUCCGUCCAUAUUCUUGUAUGAGUAAACAUGCAACAUUUGUGCACAUUAAUGGGUCAAUAAAAGGAAAGGCUCAAAAUGGUGUCAAUAAAUAGUGUGUAGGAACA